GUCACCGAAAUAUGCGUGUGUAUAUAUAGCAUCGUUUUUUUUAGGUAAUAACAAUUGCAGUCCAUCUGUACAGACAUGGCAGUCAAGGUUCGAAGGUCUACUGACAUUAUGCAAUAUACAGUGCAUACGUCAAAUUGACGUUUGUUUCUAGAUCAGUGAGUUUUUAAAGGGCCAUACGAUGUUUUGUUUAAUUUUUUUUUCUUUCUUUUCAGGUACUAAUUGUUGCUAUUCUUUUGGCUGCUGCUUGCGCUCAACAUGACACUGGCUAUUCCGCUCCCUCUGACCCAAAGGUAAAUUCACCAAAAUAUUUUCCCUAUUUUUUUGACAGUAAAAAAAAAAAAAAGGGAUAAUAAACAAUAAUGAAUAUUGUUUCUUUCAUACUGAAUUCAUCUCUCAUUCAUAAGCCUGCGAAGUACAACUUCAACUAUCAAGUGCAAGACGACCCGACCAAGAACGACUUCGGUCACCAGGAGGCCCGCGACGGCCCUGACACGCAGGGGUCGUACCAGGUGCAGCUUCCCGACGGUCGCCUGCAGAAGGUCUCCUACACCGUGAGCGUGGACUCCGGAUACGUGGCGGAUGUGAUGUACGAAGGCGAGGCUCAGUAUCCGGCCGAAAGCACCCCUGGCUAUGCCUGA